ACAUUUUAUUCAUCUACUGUAUACAGUAUAAUUUAAAUAUCAAAAUAAAGUUCAACAGACAUCGCCAGAGUAUCUAGAGGGAGAGGGGGAAAAACAUAAUAAUGUUUUUGUCAUAACUGAAUAGAAAAUAAAUACGGUAACAAGUUUGAUCCCAAUAGUUUGCUUAUCCUCCUUCUUUUGUGUAUUUCAUCAAACGAUUAUUAGUGCAUUGAUCUUCAGAUCACUAGGUGGCGCGCGUGCUACACGGAAGCGGUAGUUUACGCUGUCUUUACUUAAUGUAUUUGACUUUUUUCAAUCAGUUCAGUGAUUUCUCAUUUACACCGCCUCAACAGUACAUUAAUGUACCAUACAAACUUAUGAACUUGUGUUUAGACAGAAAAUAAGGUAAUGUCUUUGCAAGAAAGCACAAAUCAGAUCUCCAAACUGUUGGUAUGACCUAGUUUUUAGUAAACUUCCUGGCAGACACCUACAAUAUCCAAAAACAAGUUGACAAAGGGAGAAUAUGCUUUAACAAUAGAAAAGAAGAAAUAAUUAUUACUCGACUUCGAAUAGAACAUUCUGGUUUAAAUCAUGAUUUUCACAAUUUGGAAACAUCAAGGCAGGAUUAUGUACAUGCAGUGAAGCAGACACUUUGCAUGUACUUCUACAUUGUGCAGUAUAUGUACUAAAGAAAGAGAGGAGUUAUUAAAAAAAAAACUAAAACUGAGGAACAUAGGAGUAUUUAAAGAUUUAAACUUAAAUCUUUUAAGUUGUGCCUCGGGACAGACGAGUAUUAUGAGAGAAAUUCUUAGUUAUCGGAAGAUAACAGGGUUAAAAAUUAGUUUAAACUUUUAUCAAUACUACCUUCAGUCCAGUUGGUGGCGGUUAUUCACCAUAAGUUGGCUUGUCAACCGCCAUUAAAUCGUACAAGAAGAAGAAGACAAACAUAAAUUGUAUACUUUCUGCUAAUAACCCUGAAGUGUCAUACAAAAUUUCUAAAUCUGACAAAUCUGUAGAAAUACACGCUGUUGCUGGAGCGAGGAAAGCGUUUGGGCGUUUAGAGCAAAGGUGCCGCGUUACAGUGGUUCAUAUUAACUGUCAGGGUGAAAUAUGCCCUUGUUCCGGCAACUUGAGCCCACACCAGAGAGAGAACGUCAGAGGAAGAAAAAACAGAAGAAUGACUGGACAGAGGAUGAGGACGAACCAUCUACACUGAUUGGCCUUUGUCUUCAAAGCAUAGCCGAGAACAUGAAGGAGAUGUGGGCAAAAGAUUAUACCCAAAAAUACAUGGACCAGUAUUUCUUUAGAUACAUCAUGGGUCCCUUCAGCUCAUUACCUGGUGAGUUGUUGGAAGAGCUGUUGUCCAUCCUGUCCUCGCGUAAUUUGUUGACACGUGCUGCCUUGCAUCUCCUUCUCCUCCCACAACUGAGCUGUUUGUCCCUCACAUCAGCCUGUAGCCUUGUCAAUGCCAACCUCUGCUCACUUAUCCAGAUACGCUGCCAGAAUCUUCAGUCGCUGGAUCUUAGUGGUGCACAGAAUAUAUCUGCAUCAGUGCUGUGUGAGCUCGUGGGCAACCAAAGUCGUCUCCGUUCCCUCUCCCUGGCUGGAACCCUGUGUGAUCAGAGAGUGAUAUCAGUAGUCUGCCGCAAGUGCCCCAAACUGAAACACCUGGAUGUGUCCCGGUGCCUUGUCCUCACCCCUGCAGGCCUGCUCCCUCUGUCCUACCAAGAACCCCUUGUCAAGAACGCAAACAUCAGCAGCCUGCUAGCUCUGGAUAUCGGAUUAGCAGAAAAUGAGAGAGAUGCAGCAGCUGCAGUUGCAUUUCUCUUGCUUGGCUUACCUGGUCUUCAGAGGUUGGCAGUGGAGGGAUUGGGACAGGCUUGUGCUCUCUUACAGAACAAGCAGUUUGAGGGGACUGAGGAGUUCACUAGUCGAGAAGGUGUGCCACUUCUCAAAGACAUGUGGGCGAAGCGAACACAGGAAGACCAUUUGAAAGACGGCAGUUUACUGAGUCCAGAUAGAGAGGAAAGUUUUAAUUUGGAAGGAAAAAUUUAUGAGUAUUUAUCGUUAGAGGAGAGUCAGAUAGAGGCUAGUGAUUGUACUGAUAUAAAUGAAUGGACAAGGACUUCAGGAGAGGGUUGUGAAAAAGAGGGAUGUAGAAAUAGAGCUUGUAAUGGAAGGGAUAGUGUGACAACAUCUCUCAGGGAUGUACAAGGGCUGUCUCUGGAUACUUUAGAGGCAGUAGGGAAGGUCUGCCCUGAACUGCGUGUCCUGUCUUUGGACUGUCUCCAGAGCAAUGUGGAUGAUAAUGUUGACAGCUUUGAACAGGCAGCAGUUUUAGCCAGAGGACUUGGUAGGUUCUCUGGACAGCUAAGAUGUCUUUCUCUACAGUUUGCUGGUCUUCUGUCCGAACUGGUUCCUGCACUUAAAGCCACAGGCUCACAUCUGCUUUCACUCACCUUGGAAGGCAUCAAAGCUGAUGGACAUAUUCCUCUUCUGGAGCUCAUUCAUGCCUGUCCCAGACUCACUACUCUCACUGUUCAUUUAGACCCACCCAGGGAUAAUCUGAAUGGAGAGGAUGAGGAGGAGGAGGAAGAUGAAGACGAAGGCCUUCUUUCUAAUCUGCCAUGCAUUCCACACCUCCGCUCUUUAACACUAAAUUUUUCCCUGGAUGAACAACAUCUGAAGCCUGCAUUGUGUUGGAGGUCUCUGAAGGGAGUGCUGUGGGCACUUCUUAGAGGCGCUUCACUCCUUCAGAAGCUCUCACUAAUUGCUGUUCCCUGUCGACUGGACCCUGUGUUCAAACUUGUCCUGAAUCAUCGGGCCAAACCUCUCGGAGCCCUAGAUAGUCCCCCACUGCACUGCCUCAGAUCUGCUAGCCUGAACCGCUCAGAUGUCUCUAUGGAGACCAUAAUACAUAUUGUAAACACUUGUAGACGCUUGUCUCAUUUGGAUUUGAGUGGCUGCUGGGCAUUGACUUUGAGCAAUAUCACAAAGUUACAAUGCAAAGCUAAAAGGCGGCGCCAUAUGCUGCAAAUAACAUGGGCAUGAGCUGGGGAAAGAAAAGGCCAUGCUAAGAUUAAAAAUUAGUUGUCACAAUGUGAUUUUGUUGAUUUAUAUUUUUGUCUUUCACAGUUGCCUAGAAUUACAGAAGAAAUAUAAAUGUAAUGUAAUUAUGUAUUUAUGAAAUUGAUAUAUGAUAUUACUAGAACAUAUAUUUGGUGCUGAUAUUUGGCAUAAUCCGAUUUAUAAAUUGUCCUUUGUAAUUUUCUAUCAGUAUAUCCACAUGGCCUUUGAAAUGUAGAAUUAUGUUUACCACAAACAAUCUGUAUGUUGGAACUUGGAAACCUUAAGGCACUUUUUUUAAAGAUGACCCAGCUGUCCAAGACACACUUUGUAAAGUUUUUGUUUUGACAGAAAAAAAGUGUUAUGCACUUUAUAUCAGAAUGACUGAUGUUUCCAUGCAAAAGUCCCAGGAUAAGAGCAAGUAAAUUUAAUUUUUGUAAAAAAAAAUGUUAACACUUUAUUUUUUUUUAUUCUAUUUUAUCACAACCUUUAAACCAUCUGAGGUUUUAAUGUUUCUGGUAAAAGUGUUAGUACAAUAAAUUGUUAUUUAGGAAACGAUAAUAAUGAUACAUGUAUAAAUAAAUCUUGUACUCUCUACA